UUAGAAUAUUUUCUUUUUGCACUUUUAUGUCCCUUUAACUUACAGUUGCAAAAUUAUAUUUAUAAAUGAUCUUUUAUAUGCACGACAGACAUUUGUUGAGUUUUGCGUCCCUCUACAGCUUUAGCAGUGGUAUUUACGUAUAAGAAAUAUUUGUACCUUGCAGAAUUUGUCGCUUUCUGCUUUAGUUUAUUGAAAGCCUCAUAUACAAGGGCACAACUCAUGUUCCCUUAACAUUAAAGAUUGUAAGUCUUACAUAAAUUAUGAUUUUUCUCCAAAUUCCCUUGUGACUGUUUAUUCCUGUUGGAAGCAAUGCAUCCCCAUCUGUCACUGGGCUUCACAAGCUGUAUACUCUGCUGUCAGUCACAUGAUAGAACUCUUCUGGACUUUUAUUAGUGAUCCCUUUAAACAAUCUUUUGAGGGCUGAUAACCAAGCAUGAGCUGUCCCCCAGCCUGCAGUGCUGAGCUCUGUACAGCCCCCGUUGUCUGAGAUCCCAGCUGCACUUGGCAGUAUUUGUGAGGGAGGAGGAGAGAAAGGGAGUGCUGAGGACCAAAGACACCACACAGGCAUUUUAUCUCCAUUCUGCAGCAAAGUGAGCUGCAGUGCUACUGCAGGAAUCCUCUGCAUCGUGGGUUUGGGCAGACAGCUGCUCGGAAGCUAACCGAUGGAAUGGAAUUACUUUGGAUAGAGGAGACAGAGCGCUCAUUCUCUAACCAUCCUGAUGACUGCAGUCCUUUGCCCCAAGCUCAUUUGCCGAGCAUAUUCCCCUUUAAUAUUGAUAUGGCAGGAACUUUGCUCAGUCUUUCUCAUAUUCAAAAUUAAAGGAAAAUUCCAGUGCAUUGAGAGAACGUCUGAGGUUACGGUGGGCCUAUCAGCUGGUAGACUGAGGUGCAGACAUGUGCAGGGGGUGUCUAGAGACCUCAAGAUGAACUCUUCUUUAGAUGGAAUUAACAGCAGCCGUACUUUCUGCCUGUUGGUCCUUGGCUCUCAUGAAUCCACCCCAAUUUGCAUCCUGGAAGUUGGUAUCAUCAUAUUUCUUACCGUUCUGAUCAUCUCUGGUAACCUGAUUGUCAUUUUUGUCUUCCACUGUGCUCCCCUGCUUAACCAUCAUACUACCAGUUAUUUCAUUCGGACUAUGGCCUAUGCGGACCUUCUUGUUGGAGUGAGCUGCCUAGUGCCUUCCUUCUUUCUCCUGCAUCAUCCUCCACUGCUUUCAGAGUCCACCCUCUGCCAAUUAUUUGGCUAUGUGGUGUCAGUCCUGAAAAGUGUGUCAAUGAUGUCUUUGGCCUGUAUCAGUAUAGAUCGUUAUAUUGCCAUAACUAAACCACUGACAUACAACACAUUGGUUACUGCAUGCCGACUUCGAUUUUGCAUCCUUCUACUCUGGAUUUAUUCAUGUGCUGUGUUCUUGCCCUCCUUUUUUGGUUGGGGAAAACCUGGUUAUCAUGGGGAUGUGUUCCGAUAUUGUGCUCAGUCAUGGCCAACCAGUCCCUAUUUCACUAUCUUCAUAGUGAUUAUGCUUUAUGCCCCAGCGGCCACUACUGUUUGUUUUACCUAUUUCAACAUCUUCCGAAUCUGCCAGCAACACAACAAGGAGAUAACUGAGAGGCGUGUUCGGUUUAGCACCUCUGACACAGAGACUAGUCAGGGGCAAUCUAACCCAGACAAGCGCUAUGCUACUGUGCUCUUCCGUAUCACUAGUGUCUUCUACAUCCUCUGGCUGCCUUAUAUCAUCUACUUCCUUCUGGAGAGCUCCAGGGUCUACACCAACCAAACCGCUUCAUUCCUUACUACCUGGUUGGCCAUCAGCAACAGCUUUUGCAACUGUGUAAUCUACAGUAUGUCAAACAGUGUGUUCAAGAAAGGACUAAAGCGCCUCUCUGGGGCUGUAUGCACUUCAUGUUCAAGGCAAAGGGAUAGCCAAGAAGCCCCAGGCAAUGCCAGCAAGAGACCCACGGAUGGCUGCCAACCAUAACAGUCACAUUGCAUGGAACCUUCUCUAAACCACUCUAAGACUAAAAUCUGAGUUUGUAUUGCUGGGUCUUCAGAAUGCAGGAUUUCUGGAAAGUCUUGCCUCCUAAAGUUCACAUUGAAAGAUGGUGUCUGCUGCUUCAAGCAACCUUGUUAUUAAUGCUGUGGGUGUUCUGUUUUCAUGUAACGUGCAUAGAGCCUGAUGUGGGUUCUCAAAUUGGUGGAAAUUUCAGUUUUACUCUUUGAUAAAAUUGUCCACAAUCUUUAUUCCCAGAUUUUUAGAAGCUGUCAAAUGGUCCCCUAGUCAGUGAAGUUGUUACCAGCCAUUGGUUUGUGAAUUACAAAGCUUACUGUAUCUCUUCAUAUAUCCAAACACAUAACUUUACCCGCCAAGGAGAUGGAUUUACCUUCACUCUAGAGGUAACGAGUUGUGAACGCCACAGACACAAAAACUCCUCUGAAGCUGACAUUGUGCAUCUGUGAUUGCAAUAUUUACAUUUUUUUAAUAUAAAUAGUAGAUUUGAUUCAUACCAAAUAUACUAUAGUAUUUUUAUAAAUGAUAAAAUAAUAUAUUAUUGAUGAUAUUUAAAUAGA